CUCCCGCAUUGCUUCUCGGGCACAUACUGGAUCGGUGGGCCCGCUGCACUGGGUUUAAUAUAAACUCAAAGUUCCCUGGCACGGCGACAGAGUGAGAGUAGGGAGGAGCCUGCCGCAGUGAGUUCAGCUCAGGACAGACUGAAGGACAAAACAAGCAGGAAGGAGACAAAAGAUGUCGUUGUCGGCUGCUCGGCGGGUGCUUGCCGCAGCGUCGCAUUCGAGUCAUGAGGGAGGAGCGAGGACUUGGAAGAUCUUGACCUUCGUGCUGGCCUUGCCCGGCGUGGCCGUGUGCAUAGCCAACGCCUACAUGAAGAUGCAGGCCCACUCGCACGAGCCGCCAGAAUUUGUGCCCUACCAACACCUCCGCAUCCGCACCAAGAAAUUCCCAUGGGGCGAUGGCAACCACUCGCUGUUUCACAAUUCUCAUGCCAACGCUCUGCCCGACGGUUAUGAGAGCUCCCAUCACUGAGGGGCCUUCCAGCCAUGCAGUGUUGUCUUGCUCUGAAAUAAACAUCAUCUUAUGCACCAA